AUGACAUCAAGUAUUAAUGAUGAUGCACUAACUAAUGAUGUUCCAUGUGCAUCACCAAUACCAAAUCCAAAUGAACCAUUAGCACAAGGUUUACCUAUUGUUAAUGAAACAGCACAAGGUGAAACAGAACGUCAUACUGAAUUUAACGGUCGAUUUGUUAGUCUUGUUUCUCUGCUACAUAUUUUUAAUACUGAAUACAGAUCAAAUUUAACAUCACCAAAAUGGAAAAAUUUUCGUGGUUCACGUAUUGAAUGUCGAGAUAAAAUACGUUUAAAUAAUGUUAUUUGGAGAACAUGGCAUCAACAAUUUAUUCGAAAAAUUAAACCAAUUGUUUGUCGAUUUGUUUCACCACUUGAUGCUCAAACAUCUACAACUCAAAUAAAUCAUCCAUUUAAACAACAAAUUAUAAAUAGUUUAAAAGGUGAAUAUAUUAAAUGGAGAUUGAAUUCUAAAACAGCAUUACGUCGAGUAGAAAUUGAUCCAUUGAGCGAUGAAGCGAGACAUCUUUUGAGUAAUAUAACUGAAAUUCGUACACCAAAAAUUUAUCCAAAUUUUCGUCGUAUUGCAACACCACCACCAGAUUCAUAUAGUUUAAUUGACGAAUAUGAUUUAGUUGCAGACCAAUUACUUUUUUCAACAACAAAUGCAUUUACUGAUAAAGACGCUGUACUUGGCGGUAAUCCAGAUUUACAUCAACCAAUUAUGGGACAAUAUCUUUUUGAUUUUCAAGCAAUGUUCGACGGUGAAUUUGAUACAUUAACAAGUUACGGUUUUACGCGAGACAAUGAUGAUCCUUUACCAACAUUAAAUAAUUAUCAAAAUCAGCCAGAUUUUACAUUAGACGGACAAUCACAAACGCAACAAGAUUUAAGUGAUUUUCAAACAUUGGUUUCUGUUGCUACGGAACGACCACGUUUAACUAUUGAACAACAAAACAAUAUUUCAAAUCAAAAUCAUUAUAAUAAUAAUGUUCAAAUGAAUCCAAUGACUAUGUCUAAAAGUAUACAUGGUGAAUCAUUUCAUACCUAUCCACAAAAUAUAUCUCCACCAAUUAAUUAUAAUAAUCAAUUGGAAACCACUAACAUUGGACAAAUCAUGCCUAUUACAAACAUAUCAAACAUAACACCAUCAACUAAUAUUGUAAUGAAUUCUCCACAAACAUCAUUACCUCAUGAAAUACGACAACAACAACAGCAACAACAAGUUGAUCUAUCGAUUUGUAAACAAUCAUCAUCAACUCUUGUUGAUCUUCUUAAGCAGAAACGUAGUCCACCACCAUCAAUGCCAUCAGUAACAACUAGUCAACGAAAACAAAAUUCAAUUUUAAAACAACCAAGAAAAUCUUCUAAAAAAUCACAAAUACAAAUAAAACGAUUAUCAAUUUCGAAGGACAAUAAUAUUGGAAAUAUAAUAAAUUCAAAUGAAUUAACUUCAAAUGGAAGAAAUAAAACGCCACAUGUAUCGCGUUCAACAUCCGAAGAAAUAGCUUUUAGUUUUCCACAACAACAAUUUCCUAUUUCGUCUUCAUCAUUGCCAAAGAAACAGAAUGGAUCCAUAUCAAAUGAUACAAUUUUUUUACAUGGAGAUGGGACACUCGAUUCAUCUCCAUCGUCAUCAUCAAGUGGUGGACAAAAUGCCGCGGAAAAUAAACGUCGUCUAAAUAUAAAAAAUGGUUUUGAUACUCUUCGUUUUCUUAUUCCAGAACUCAGCAAUCCAGCUAAUGCAAAAAUAAGUAAAGCACAAAUGCUUGAAUGUACUGCUCAUCAAAUUCAACAAGCUAUUCAAACGCAUGAUCAAAUGAAAAUUCAAGUUAAUCAAUUACAACAAGAAGAAGAACAAUUAAAAGAAAAAAUUUCACAAUAUCAAUCAAGUUUACCUGUUGAUGGUAUACCUUCUAUGCCAGCAGCAAAUCGUUCACGUGAAGUAUCAUAUGCAUUAUUUCGUGCUUAUGUUACUGAUCGAACACGAAAAAAUUGGCAUUUUUAUCCAUAUUCACUUGUAUUAAAGCGUAUUUUUGAUACAUUUCAAAAUACAGUUAAAUGUGAAUCACGAGAAGAAUUUUUUCAUUCAUUAAAUGAAUGGAAAACAAAUUCAUUGACUCUUUCACAAUUACGACAAGCUGCAGCACAAGCUGUUAUGGAUAUGGGACGAACAACAUCUCUCAUAUCGGCACCUGAAAAAGUACCGGAAGAAUGUAUUCAUUUAGCAUUAAGUGAUUUGUAG